AUGGGGAAGGCGGGCAUCGCAUCGCCGUCGUCUGACCUCCUGGACGCGUACAACAAGGGCCGCUCGAUCGCCACCAGCCACUUCGCCGGGGCGGCAGAGCUGUUCCUGGGCGCUGGCGCGGUAGCGGGCCAAAACACCAAGGAGCACCCGGGCAGCAGCAGCAGUUGCAGCAGCGGGGCCGUGAGUAGGGCGUGCCCCGCUGAUCUCCACAGCGCAGUGAGGCGAGGCGAGGCGGACGCCGUGUCCAAGCUGUUGAGCGAGGGGGCGGACGCGGCGUCUCUCGACGGCAGCGGCAGGUCCCCGCUGCUCCUUGCCACGCAGGAAGGGCACCUGCCCGUAGUGCGCGUCCUGCUGGACGGCGACGCCGGAGACGCGGCCUGCAUAACACCCAACGGCCCCAACGGAAUGAGCGCCCUGGUGAAGUCGGCCGCUCGCAAGGAGCACCUGGGGAUACUGCGGGCCCUGAUCGCCCGCGGGGCGGACGUGGAAGCCACCGACAGCGGCGGCGCGACCGCCCUGCAGCACGCGGCGAUGCUGGGCAAGACCAAGUCCAUCGACGUCCUGGUGGAGCACGGGGCCAGCGUCGACUCGGUCGACGUCGACGGCAUGUCGGCGCUCCACUGGGCGAGCAUCGAGGGACACGGUGAGGCUAUCGUCGCCCUCCUGAGGCACGGGGCGGACAUCGACGCCGCCGACAGCGCCGGCCGCACGCCGCUCCACCGGGCUUGCGCCGUAGACGACACCCACACCACCGAGGCCGCGGAGCUGCUGCUCCUCUGGGGGGCGGACGACACGGCGGUCGACGACGAGGGCCAUACCCCGAAGCACCACGCCAAGGCGCGGCGCAGCGGGCAGGGCGGCGGGGGAGCCAAGCAACGCGCGCAGGAGUCUCUGCUGCAGCUGCUGGGGACGACCUCGUCCGACAGGGCGUGGUGUCGGCACGGGCUGGUCAUCCUGUGCAAGGCUCGGCUCGGGCACGGGGCGGUGGGCACGGUCUUGGACAGGCUCGUGACGCUGGAGGAGGAGGAGCUCUUCGAGAAGUCGUGGGCGGCGGAGGCAGAAGACGACGACGGUGGCGGGGACGAGGAAAAAACGCAACAAGAAGAACGAAAUAGGAGAGACUCGCCGCCGCCGGUGCAGCAAAAGGGGGAGAAGCCGAUCCAAAAGAAGGAGGAGCCGUCGCAGCGCAGCGGGCGGAGAGAGGAGGAACAGGCCCGAAGCCCGCAGAAGGAGGAGGACCCGCAGGCGUCGGUUGGGCCGCAGCAGCUGAAGAGACUGGACAACACGUGGAUCAAGCCGCAACAGACAGAACAAGCGCCGCAGACGACAAGGGUUGGACCGCAAAAGAGGGAGGGAAAGGGGCAACAAGAUAGUAAGUGGAUCAAGCCGCAACGGACAGAACAAGCGCCGCAGACAACGGUGGAACCGCGAAAGAGGGAGGGAGAGGAGAAACGGGGACACUGGAAAGGCUCGCCUGCGGAAGGGGCGAGGCGCGGCACGGAGCAGAACAGAGGCGAGCAGCCCGGCUCGUCAGAGUUUUCUCGAUUGUACGCGCUUGGCAAGAAGCUCGGGGAGGGGGCGUUCGCGGAGACAUUCGGAGCGAUCCGACGAGGGCAGCGGAAGGGGUCGCAGGGCUCGUGUAUCGUCAAGCGGGCUGUGCAACGGGGGGCGUCGCACGAGGUCAUGCACGGCUUGGUUGAGGAGGCCCGGAUAUUGCGCCUGCUGACGCACCCGAGCGUGGUUACCGUGCAUGAGGUCUUCAGCGACGCGCCCGAUUACUUUUACUUGGUGUUGGAGCAUCUGGCAGGCGGUCCAGUGUUUGACCGCAUCGUGACGAAGACGCGCUUCCGCGAGAGCGACGCGAGACAUCUGUGCCGCACCCUGGUCCUCUGUGUCCAGCACUGCCAUGACAUGGGCGUCGUGCACCGCGACCUUCGCCCCGAGCAGCUGCUGCUGACGUCCCGGGACGAAAACGCAACCAUUAAGCUGACCGGCUUCGACUUCGCGCGGAGCUUGCCGCGGGAAGGCUCUGACGGGAGGAGGAGGGGCAAGAGGGGGCUGCUGGUUGCGGAGCCUUACGUGACGGCGGAGUACGCCGCGCCGGAAGUGCUGAGCAGUGUCCCGCAUGGAACGGCUGUGGACAUGUGGAGCAUGGGUGUUAUCUUCUACACCUUGCUCGGGGGCUAUCACCCGUUCCACGACGAGAGGCAACCACGGCUUUUCCGGAGGAUACGGGACGGGAGCUUCGUUUUCCACGACGAGUUGUGGAGCAGCACGUCGGACCAGGCCAAGGACUUCGUCCGCAGGCUGCUGCUGGUGGACGCGACGAAGAGGAUGACCGCUAACCAGGCGCUGCAGCACCCCUGGAUGCUCGGGUCGGAGAAGGACCUCGCCAAGAACGACCUCAGCUUCAACCAGGAGCAGCUCCGAGUCUUCAACGCAAUGGCCAAGCUGCGUGCGGCAAUCAAGUCGGUGAUGGCGACAAGGAGAGAGUUGAGCUCGUGACGAGUGAGGAGGCACGAAGCAGCGGACGAAUUCCAGAAAGCACGGCCUCGAGUGUUUGGACUUGCUCCGGGUCUCUGUUUUUCACACGCUGCUGGGUCUCGAAAGCGUGUCGAUGCAUUGCCGCAAGGGGAAUUGCGGGUGCGUAGGUUUCAUUGGGGUUAGGUUUGUUGUGGAGGGUAGAGGAAAGGGGGGGUGGUUUUUGUAUCCAGUAUAGAAUAUGUAUCUGUGAAAUUCCUAAAUAUGUUGGAGAGAGGGGGCGGUGCGAACCGAAAUAGGCCAUCGAGUCAGAUAACUCUCUUGGUCGUGGGUAAUCCUAUAUUUUAUCGCCCCGAUAACCCUUGCGAAAAGUCUUGCUCGCCCGCCGUUGUAGACGAGUAUUCGAUGCGGAGCAAGUUAGAAUGCUGCGAGUUCGUAGUUCACUCGAAGCGGGUUGUAGAUGUGAACGGCAGCCGUCGGGCGUUCCGUUUUUCUGCAUCUAUCAGGUGACCUAGCUUUGGCUUUGUUGCCGCCAGGACACCUGUAGAACUAGCCUCAGAGUAGUGUUUCAUGUUUGCGGUGCGGGUUUCGCGAUAUAAUUAUGAGUAUUCUGCGCUGGAAACCCGUUGGUGUGGUUUUUUUAGGGGCGAGAAGGGGUGGGGGGUUUAAGAACCGAGUACAUUUGUGGCUUGAUUUUUGAGACUUGGUUGUCGCAUGUCUUUGAUGGUUGCAUGUUUGAAGUGUUCUGGAAGAUAUCGGCGUGCCAUUGUGGUACAGACUCCCUCGCAUAAAGGGGUGCCAGCAAGGGGGUGCCAACAGCCAUUUAGCUCCGUUUGCCACCCUAUGCACUUGCGUGCGUCUCGCUGUAUCUUGACUUCGUACUCGUGUAAAUGUGUUUGUUGUUUUGGUUAAUAGUGCAUUUUGACACGCUGGGGGUGUGGUUUCUUCGGUACAUAAUGGCUUUGACGACGGGAAAGAGUGGUGGAGUUGUCUUUUACACCACGGUGUUUGUAAGUUUUCAUGUGUUGAGGGGUAGGUUGAGGCUAAUACUGCAGUGCGAUUGGAAAGACUUGUGUGUGUUCCCAUGUACCGUAGACAGUAGACAGCAUUUUUUCUUUUGGAGUAUAACCAUGUCCUCGCUGUACGAGUUUUUCGCCCACUGUUUUCUGCUACAGUAUGCAUACAAUACUCUCAAAUGAUCUUGGUGUUCCACCAUGACGGCGAUGGCAUUUGGUGAGAGAGGGCGGGAGGGGAGCAGGGAUACCGAGUACAUAUGUAUCAACUUGGUUUUGGGCACCUGGGUUUCAGACGUGCGUCUUUCUUGCGGCGACCAAGCCGGCGAUGAACAACGAUCUGCAGCUCUGUGUCUGCCAUUGUUGUUGGGGAGGGUGGCCACAUCGUGUGUUAUGCUUAACCGUCACAUCACGCAGAUCCAGCUGCAUGGAAGUAAGCCUUAGCUCUUCCCUGCUGGGCCUCUGUCCACACGCCCUCGCCCGGUACUUACUGUUGAUUUUGGAUCGGUUCGAGUCUACAUGCCCGUGCAUGGAAAAUCCCGGCCAGGUUUUUUUUUUCCUUGUGUCACCGGAGGAAAUCUAGUCCCAUGUCUUUUUUUGCUGUAAGAAUUUGCCCUACACGUUUCGGUUCGUUUUAUUGGUCGGUUCUUCACACCUAGUGAGCUAUUUAGUGUUGAUUUCAAGUAUGGUAGGUUUGGGGGCCCCUCACGACGGCGUGAUUCAAGGCCCGCGGAUUGUGUAUACCAUUUGGGGCGGGGCGGAUGAUGACCGGUGAAAAGGCUAGUACGGAAGCUGUUUCUUUCACCAGAGCGCCGGCGCGGUUGUAGUGUUCAGUCCUUUUCAAUGGCAAAGUAGUGCGUGCGUACGAUAGGGAUCGCAUGGGGCAAGAAGAAGAGCCGCUGUGGUGCCCAAGAAGGAACGACUCCUCGAUGUUUUCUGUGAAAACUCAUUUCUUUUAGUGUAGAGGUAAAUAAGCUUCACGCAAUGAAGCUUUGCGUUAUUCUUGCAGCGGGCUCGGGUUGUGGAGAGGAUUGUACGCGUGGUCUGAAUGAACUCCAAGGGGAACAACGAAACCGCGCGCGAUAGCACGGGUCACGCGCAGAAAAUAGCAUUCCAGAAAUGGUAAAUACCAAUUCUUUCGCCAC